AUGGAUGUGAAAGGAUACAAAUUGUUACCGACUCAUAUUGGCCGUUUAACAAAGAGUAUAUUCGAUGAAUAUUCAAUAUAUAUAUUUAAUAUUCCAUCAAAUAUAAUUGAUAAGUAUCUUCCAAAUAAACUUGAUGCUUUUGCUUCAUUAACAUUGAUCAAUUUGGCUAAACAUUAUUUUUUUUAUUCAAAACCAGUUAUAUUUGCUUCUCGAUCACAAAUAAAUAAAAAUGUUCAAUCAAUAUCAAAUACAAUAUCACUUGAAGAUUUUCUAGAAGAAUUAUUAUCAAAAAAAGAUUUGGAAUUACGUUAUAAUUUUGUAAUAACUGGGAAUUUAUUAGUAUUUGCUCAGAUACCUCGUGUUCGUCAUAUAUCAUAUCAUCUUCUUUGUAAACAUAUAACUCUAUCGAAUCGAUCAACAAAUGUUAAAUUUGCUGGAGAAUUUUGGAUUGAUCAACAUGAUUAUUUUAAAUUAAAUAAUAAUUCAGGUACAUAUCAACCAUCGGAUACAUUAAUUGAACAAGUUGUGCAAUUUUUUAAUUAUAUAUUACCUCAUUUUCAAUUUCAAGCUGAUCUACUUAUUGCUGAUACUGUUCCAUUGUCAGAUCCUUCGAAGUGGAGAUCAAGAGUGCCGUUAGAAAACGAUCUUCAAUUCGAUUCAUCAUUCUGUCGUCCUAGUUUAUACACUUCUGAUGAAAAUCUUCAUUUGCGAAAAACAGUUGCGACAAACGAGUGGCGUACAUGUCGAGCGAUGAAUGUUGGUUGGUCAGAUAGCAUUCAUUAUUGGUCAGUCAGAAUAAAUGAUCGAAGUGCAGAAGGUUAUUUAAUGAUUGGUGUUGUAACGGAUGCCUUUGACGUCAGCGCUGUUACUUAUCCAGGAAACACAGUAGAUAGCUUUGGAUUUUAUAUUUUCAACGGACAUAAAUACAAUGGUAGUAAUAGUGUGGCAUUCACUAGUGAUUUACCGAAAAAUGGAGAUGUAAUUGGUGUACUUCUUGAUCUUGAAGCUCGAACUUUAACUUAUUUAAAAAAUGGUAAAAUUGUCGGCACAUCAUAG